UCUGCCUCCCGAUUCGUCAUUCGGUACAAACGAUUGGGCAGCAGCACUUAUCAAAACGAUCAACUUGGCGCUGUUGGAUCUAGAGAAUGACGGUGACAAUGCCGGAUGUGAAGAAUUCGUCGAAUAUAUUUGCUCCGAGGUUCAAAAAGCGUUGGAUUGGUCAGUUAAAUUCGACGAUAAAUUGACGAUGCGGACGAUCGCCACAUUACCAUUUUUGAUUCUGAAUGCUGAUGAGACUCUCAUAGCAUCGAAGAUGAUGCAGCAGUGUCGUAGUUAUAUCUUUAUGACAUUGUUCAGUCGCUUACCGUCAUCUGAAAUAAUAAUCGAAGAGUUAUUCAAUUUAUCAUCAUCGUCACACCGUGACAACACAUUAAUGGAUUUCGCGGAAAUGAUUCUGAGAAGUCCGUCAAGCAGUGACGCACUCGUUGCGCAUAUCAUUGGUCUGUAUGAUGACACACAACUGAUUCAGAUCAAUGAAUCUAUGCCAUUAGCGAAAACAAUAGCCGAUAAAAUUGUUUGGCAAACAAGCCAAUCGACAACCACUGCCAAAGCUCUUCUGAAGGCAGUCAAUGCUACCCAAACACAUUUUGAGGAUUUCUUGAAGUUGGAUGAUGAGAUGUGUUGCGCGUGUUUAGUUGAAUCAAUAUCGGCGAAUAUUGAAGAUUAUGGUGUGGAUUCGUGGUUAUCUCAGCUGACCUCUUCGACUGUUUGGGAGAAAAUGAUUGAUAAGGCGAUUUCGAAAAAUCUACAAUCGUAUGAAUGCAAUAGGUGGCAAUUGGUGGUGAAUGCUGUUGUGAGAAUGACGAAUCGUGAGGAUGUUAUUUCACGGAUCGUUGAAAACGAAGUUGCGCAAAGCGUGGAACCGUUCGUUGAUCUUAUGAACACAUGCAGCAAAACAAUGAUCGGUGAUGAGUGCCGCACGAAGGUUGCAACAAAAGCGUUGGAGAACAUCUUCGAAUCGUCAAAUGUUUCUGAUGAAGAAAUUGAAAAAGUUGUUGGAGCGAUAUGUUCGACUGUUAUUGCGGAAGAUUUUAUUGUUGAUUAUAUUGAUAGGAAAUUGGACGAAGAUAAUUUGCGUGAAAAUUGGUUGGUGAUGCCGUUAUAUUGUUGUUGUCAUUGUCAUCUCUGUUAUUGCUAUUAUUGUUAUCAUUGCAAGUUGAUUUCGUAA